AUGGACUCAAAACAAAAUAUCUCAUCUGAAGAUGGCUCUCCUCCUCCCUAUGAGCAACAUGAAGACCCCUUUGAAUCAAAACUCUCAAAAGAAGCUGACAUAGUUGCUGGAUUUUAUUUAUUAAUAAUUGGGAUUAUGUCCACUUUAGGCAAUGGCUAUGUCCUUUAUAUGUCUAUACAACGGAAAAAGAAGCUGAGGCCUGCUGAAAUAAUGACUGUCAAUCUAGCAGUGUGUGACCUGGGUAUUUCAGUGCUGGGAAAGCCUUUCAGCAUCAUUGCCUUUUUCUCCCAUCGAUGGAUUUUUGGCUGGAGUGCCUGCCGUUGGUAUGGCUGGGCAGGUUUCUUUUUUGGCAUCGGAAGUCUGAUUACCAUGACAGCAGUCAGCCUGGACAGAUAUUUCAAAAUCUGCUACUUAUCGUACGGUACUUGGCUAAAGAGAUGCCACGCCUUUAUCUGCUUGGGAAUAAUCUGGUCCUAUGCUACGUUUUGGGCAACAAUACCAUUUGCUGGCUUGGGAAAUUAUGCUCCAGAACCGUUUGGGACCUCGUGCACCCUGGACUGGUGGCUAGCUCAAGGUUCUGUGGCUGGACAGGCUUUUAUUCUGAAUAUCCUUUUCUUCUGUCUCUUAUUCCCAACUGCAGUGAUCAUGUUUUGCUAUAUUAAAAUAAUAGCAAAGGUCAAGUCAUCCAGCAAAGAAGUAGCUCAUUAUGACACCAGGAUUCAAAAAACCCAUGUGCUGGAAAUGAAGUUAACUAAGGUGGCGAUGUUGAUCUGUGCAGGAUUCCUAAUUGCUUGGAUACCCUAUGCUGUCGUCUCAGUAUGGUCGGCGUUUGGACGGCCAGAUUCAGUUCCCAUCAAAGUUUCUGUGAUCCCAACCUUACUUGCAAAGUCUGCCGCUAUGUACAACCCUGUCAUUUACCAAGUCAUUGACUGCAGAUCUGCCUGUUGCCGGCCCUGUUCUCUCAAGCCACUGCAGAAGAAAACCUCCUUAAAGAGAUCCCAGCCAUAUACAAUAUCUGCAGAUAACAAUUCUGAAGUAAUUAAUGAAACUCAACUGGGCAGCGAAGAAACCCUAUAA